AGCUGUGGCGCUCGCCGCACGCUCUCAGUGCACACGCUGCUAUUCGACCUGCCUCCGGUGCUGCUGGGCGAGCUGUGCGCGGUCCUGGACAGCUGCGACGGCGCGCUGGGCUGGCGCGGCCUCGCGGAGCGGCUUUCAAACAGCUGGCUGGAUGUUCGUCAUAUCGAAAAGUAUGUAGAACAAGGUAAAAGUGGAACAAGAGAAUUACUUUGGUCCUGGGCACAGAAAAACAAGACCAUCGGUGACCUUUUACAGAUUCUCCAGGAGAUGGGUCAUCAUCGAGCUGUUCAUUUAAUCACAAACCAUGGAGCUUGCUUGAGUCCCUCAGAGCAGAACCAUCAAGGAGGUGGAUUUCCAAGCAUACCACCCAAGGAAACAACAAAUGUCACAGUGGGAAAAGUUCCUGCUCCUGAAUGUAAUAAAAAAGGGCUGCUACUCACAUCCUCCAUCAGCUUUCACAACAUCAGAGAAGGAACCAAAAAUUUCCACAAAGACUUCCGCAUCGGAGAAGGGGAGAUGUUUGAGGUCUACAAAGUGGAGAUUCAAAAUGAACCAUAUGCCAUUAAAUUAUUUAAACAGGAGAAAAAAAUGCAGUGUAAGAAACAGUGGAAGAGGUUUUUAUCUGAGCUUGAAGUUUUACUACUGUUUCAUCAUCCAAACAUACUGGAGUUGACGGCAUAUUUUACAGAGACUGAGAAAUUCUGUCUGGUUUAUCCAUACAUGGUGAACGGAUCGCUUUUUGACAGAUUACAGUGUGUUGGUCAAACAGCCCCACUCUCUUGGAAUGUUCGAAUCAAUAUAUUAAUUGGAACAUCCAAAGCCAUUCAGUACUUGCACACCACUGAGCCAUGUGCUGUCAUCUGUGGCAGUAUAUCAAGUGCAAACAUACUUUUGGAUGAUCAGUUUCAGCCCAAACUAACUGAUUUUGCCAUGGCACACUUCCGACCCCACCUGGAACAUCAGAGUUCUACCAUAAACACGACCAGCAGCAACAGUAAACAUCUGUGGUACAUGCCAGAAGAGUACAUCAGACAGGGCAAACUUUCCAUUAAAACAGAUGUCUACAGCUUCGGAAUCGUAAUAAUGGAAGUUCUGACAGGUUGUAAAGUGGUGUUAGAUGAUCCCAAACAUAUACAGCUGAGAGACCUCCUUGUGGAACUUAUGGAGAAGAGAGGCCUCGAUUCAUGUCUUUCAUUCUUAGAUAAGAAAGUAAAUCCCUGUCCUCGCAACUUUUCCACCAAGCUCUUCUCUCUGGCAGGCCAGUGUGUUGCAUCUCGGGCCAAGUUAAGGCCACUGAUGGAUGAAGUCUUAAAUAUUCUUGAAAGUACUCAAGCCAGUUUAUAUUUUUUGGAGGACCCUCCCACAUCCCUGAAGUCCUUCCGGUGUCCCUCUCCCCUUUUCUUGGAUAACGUACCAAGUAUUCCAGUGGAAGAUGAUGAAAACCAGACCAUCCAUUCAGAUCAGAAUAUUCGCUCACUGCCUCCUGUUGAAGACUGGAGGAAAGAUAGAGUGAUUCGGAAAACGCCUUUUGAAUGCAGUCAGUCAGAGGUUACAUUUCUCAGUUUUGACCAAAAGGCAGAGAGUAAGAGAAAUGAGGAUGCUUGCUGCAUACCCAGUUCCUCCUGUGAAGAAAGCUGGCUUCCAAGGCAUGAAGCUCCACCUCAGGACUUAAGGCGCUGUGACGUGGCUAUGGAUCCGCCUGCAGAGGCAACGGCUGAUGGGAGUAGGCUAACAGAGACAAGCUGUUGCUCUGAAUUUUCUUGGAAUGAAUGUGAAAAGUAA